CAAGGGUAUGCAACGGGCCGGGAAACGACUUUCCCUCACGAAUUCCGCUCUGCAUAAUAACGUGGAAUAUUUUCUGAUUUGUUUCUCUAUGUAAUAAUAUUUUCAAUUAAUUACAAAGUUUAUAAAAGUAAUAUCAUUGUCCAGGGAUGAGCACGUCAGAAGACCAUGAGUUGCGGGUUCAAUGGCCGUACAAAUACUUGUGGAACGUACUACGGGGUGCGUCUAUUGUGGCCGAUGACGACGUGAUAUUGGAGGAGUUGCGCGUAUCGUACGAACGAAUAAUUCUUGCCCUCACACAAUUCGCCCAUGCCGAAAAACCGAAUGAGGAUGCGGUGCCAACUACAACGACUGAUGUUCCUAACCCAUCAACGUCCACCGCAUCGUCGUCCUCUGCUCCGACAACAACUGCAGCAGGGACAACUGGGAACGCAUCAUCAGAGAAACUGGACAAUGAGAAAAAGUUGAGGAAACGAAUUUCGGCGCAACUGGAGCUGGAUGAAAAUGUGGCGUGGGAUAUAUUUUGCAGCUACAUGAUGUUUGAAUACCGUGGAGGUAGUACAUCCUUCGAAAAGCUGUUGGAGGCACCUCGAGUCUCGACAGACUUUUUGACCGACUUGCAACAAUACUACCAGAACGAGAGGCUCUCUGUUGUGCUUGUGAUUCAGGCUAUUUUUGGGUAUGCGAGCCAACCUGGUCACAAAUAUAACAACAUCUUUCAAUCUGUGUGUGAGUGGGUCAAACAAGACGGAGCUACAAAACUUACAGCGAAUCUAGUGAAAUCCUUGGAUUUAUCAAGAAAUUCACAAGAGGAAAUACAAGUUCUGCACGCCCUUAGCGUCUUCAUUUAUCAUAUGCCUUCUCCUGGCAUAGAAGACUUUUGUAAGGAAUUCAAGUCAUUUCGACCAGGGCGAAAAGAUAAGAAGGUGAUGUUGGCUGAGGCAGCUCUGAUGUUCACUCUCAUGAACUUUCCAUUAUUACAAGAAGCUGAGGAAGAAGUUUCCGCCGCACUUCGAAUGGCUGUAGAAAACUUGUUAGAAGCGAGCGCGGAAGAUUUGUUGAUGAAUGACUUUAAUAAAGGUUCAGUCUUGAGCGGAUAUUUCUCAACAUGCUUCCAAAAGAAUGUAAAGGUCAAGGGCAUCCUUGGACAUCCAAAGCAUCAGCUUGACACGACUUUCUCAACCAUGUUGGAAAUAGCUCAAACAUAUUCCACGAAAAGUGUUGAAAAUAAUAGGAACAACUUGUCAAAUGUAAUACUGAAGUCGUUGCUAUUCGCCCUCCGUGCAUUGGCCACGAGGCUUACCGAAGAAAGAAUCUUUAGAUGUGGAACAAGUGAUGAUUUUUAUCAACUUGCAACUGUUCUCCUGAAUCAUUCUGAAGUUGCAGCCAUAUUGUGUUCAGAUGAAGGUUCUGUCCUCCAAUUGAUGGUUUUCUCUGCAAUGUCUGAAUUUCCUCUAAAAGUAAAGAAUAUGACUGAAAUUUGGGGAAGUUUAUGUGCUGCAAAUGCAUGUCUCCAUCAGAAUCAGUGUAUUCCUCUAUUGAAAGAUUAUUGUAAAAUGGUGACGACGUUGGCAGAGUGUGUUGAAGAUCCAGACAGUAUCAAGGAAAUUUUAUCAUUAAAUUCGAACGGGUAUAAGCUCGUUGCACCCCGCGUUGUGGCUGGCGUUCGACUUCCUACAGGGACAGAAUUGGAUCACAUGCAGGAAGACCCAGAAAAAAAUGUGUUCACGUUAUACUGGCGCAUUCCUGAUAACGUUGUUAUUGAUGUUUUCUCUGUGAUAAACAGCCAGAGGCUUAUCCCCAUUGCAACUCAUCUUCAGAGUGGUGCUAUGGGACAGGCGCCUAUUACUGAGAUGGUGAAAUGGGUUCACGAUGAGAAUGAAAAUGUAUGGAGCGUUUUAAAGUUUCUUAUCAAGUAUGCCUCGUGUGCACCUGCAAUUACCGAGACUCUAAGUCAACUGUAUGAGCCAAUGGCCUUCAUAGUGUUCAAAACUCUUGAUUACAUCAACCAGUGGGAGACAAAAUCGGAACUGUGCAGUAAGUUGAUCGAGCUUCUUGUUGCAGCAAAUAAGUUUGGAGUACAAAAAUGGAGCCACGUGUACUUCAGUGAAGUAUGGCCUACAAGGAUCGAGUCGUCCUCCUUCAUUGCAGAUAUUAUCAUGGGAUAUGAAAGUGUAGCCAACAACGAAUGCCUCGUUACGAUUUCCUUUUUGCAAUCAAUCCAAACAUUUUUCAAGGGAGGCGCUGGCGUAGUUCAAUUCGCCAGUGAUAUUGAAGAAAAGAUUGCAUAUCAUGCGAUUGAUUUUUUGAACGAAAACGUCUUUCAUUCCUUUACGAGGUGGCGUUUCAGCACUGCUGAAGCUAAACACAAAAUUCUACUCUACUGUUUGAAAGUUUACAGUCUUGUGUUUGAUGUGCAGUCACAAGACUGGGCACAACUUAAAGAUGCUUGUGCAAUUUCGUUGUUGUCUCCAAACAGCUCUUUAAUGUCUGUAUUAUCCGCUUCGGAAGAUGGGCUACAAGUUUGUGUACUUCAACCUACCAAAGAGAAUUGGCUCAUUCCAGAAAUAAUUUAUGAAUCCCUGGCUGUUCUACUUAAAUUAUUCCAAUUUCAACGGGAAUCUAUCCGAUUAGUAGACGAAUCACUUGGAUCGACACUUGUUCAAAAACUUGGUAGAUUUGCUCGUCAUCGCCUGGACUAUAAAAUCCCAACUUUGUCCAUGGCCAUUUUGAAAAAGAUUGCCGAAGAGAUGAACAUGUCACUUUUAUCAUGUUUUGGGAGUGAAGAAGUGGCAUUUCGUGAUCUAAUUUCUCAGCGAUUAGAAUUCAGAUCAGAAGAUGUGAAUCUCAAAGUGUCUAUUCUAGACUUUCUAACUGUUGCGGCACACACCCAACCUGGUCUCAUUCAAUUCAUUUUUAUGGAUGACUUUCUUGCCCAGAAAAUUAUAGAUUUGCCAACAGAGAAGGAUGAAGGUCUAGCACUAUCAGUGUUAUGCUUUCUAAGAGCUUUGUUUCGCAAAGGAGCGUCCGUCAUGAAGAAAUGUCAGAAUUUAUGGGACAACAUGUUUCAUCCAAUUAAUCAAUUACGACCCGGUGGUCGUUUGAAAAUUAUUACAUGCACGCUUAACAUUGCGUCACUGGAACUGUUUCGCUUUGGAAUAAUUAACACAAAAUUUGGAAUUGAAAUCAAGUCUUUGCUUAAAGAAGAAAAUUUCUUCCGUUUGCUUCAGAUGCCAUUAUCUCAACCUGGCGAGCAGAGCACAAAGUGUUUACUUGCUUUUAAACAUUUUAUCAGUGUUGUGCUACACCGAAAUGAUUUAGAAGACACAUUUAAGGAUGAUAUGAAAAAGAGGUUGUUGGACGUUAUCAGUCAACCAUACUGGGCGAUGAAAGAAGACGAGAUAACUGACCCCCACGCUUCUAAAGUAAUGAUGGACCUGAUAUGCCAACUUGUCAAUUCCAUUAGCGAUGUUGGCUACAUCAACACGUAUUUGGUUAACCUCUCUGGACGACUAAGCAAGCAUUUCUUUGAAGACACUGCUCCUGUGCAAAUAAGUACACUGCGACUGGUUAAUAUUUGCAUGAAGAAAGUCCCAAAUGGGAAGAUGGAAACUACAACUUUGGAAAAUAUUAUACGCGUUAUAGCCCACAUUUUGGAUAACGCCUCAAAAGUGUUUAAGCACGUUGAUGCAAGCCUAGACUCUAUAGGACCUCUUAUUACCUUAUCCGCGUCAAUUAUCAUAACAACAAUUAAGACGGUAGAUGGGCAAGAGUGGCAGCCUUUGUUUCAUCGCUAUACGAUUCCUCAUGCGAUUGUUCAUGCUACCCAUGAAGGGAUUGCUAAAUGUCGAAAAGAAGAUAUCAUUAUGGAGCUUCUUGGUGUAUUGCUGAAGAUGGCAGAGGUCAAAGAGUGUGCGGAGGCCCUCAUAUCCGGUUUAAUUGUUGAAAAAGUAUUUGUCCUUGUGAUGCGCAACGCAGAACGUUCAUAUAAAGAACCAAUAGAAACAUCUUCACGUGAAGACUGUUCUAACUGGACCAAGAUUUACCUAGUAAGUCUACAACUAAUGACGCAAAUUCUACGCACAGAAAAGAUAUUUUUCGUCGAGCAAUGUCUAAACUUAUGGGGAAGUCAUGGGAGCCACAUAGUGGACCGGCUUAAUUCGCUUCCGGCUAUGACCACGGCGUGCAAGUUGAAUCAGCACGACUACAACUUUAGGAUGAUGAAGAGCUUGCUCACUUUUAAUGUAUACGCUUUGGACGCUGUGAUAGCGAUGAUUCCAUAUUGGAAACAUUGGACACUUCACAACAAUUAUGAGCAUCUUCAGGUUUUGGAUGCUGUAUUCACAUCCAUGCAGACAUCGGUUAACCUAUUAGACCAGCCGCAAUUUCUACAAUCUUUUAUAUCUCAUAUGCACAGUAAAUCAUCAACAUUUCUUGAGACUCGACCAACGGGACAAUUACUAGAGCUACACUUGAAAUUGUGGGAUGUCAUUCACCUAUCAACCUACAUUUUCUGGUAUUUAAGAACGUGGACUAGUGACGUGAUUGAAAAUUCCAAGAUUCUUGCAGCAUCCAACCAAGUGGCCCAAGCUUGCAUUACAUCAAUUUCUAAACCAGAGAGAAGAUCUCAUACUUCCGGAGGUCACUCACAUUCGCAUGUACACACCCACACAACAAUACAUCCUGUCGUUGUAGCGUCAACGAGUUCAAACACUGCUCGGAUUAUUGAUACUCUUGAGAGAACUCUUAGUUUAUACCUGUUUCAUGGAAGGAGGGUUCUUGAGCAUCCGUCCGUUACUGCGAAACAGAGACAAAAUAUGAUGCGAGAAAUAUCAAUUGAUGUUGGAACCUUGUGUGAUGGGACACGAAGAGUUAUUUUGAGUCAUCCAAGUGAGUUGCUGAACAAAUUGUGCAAUUCACUGGAAUCAUACUUCAAAUAAUUCUAUCUAAUUGUAGACUAUUAAUAAGAUAUUUACAUAAAUUAAAUUAUUAUAUUAUACGUUUUCUACCAUGAGACACUGACUGAAA